CUGCAGGUCUGAGGGGCCCAGGGCCACAGCGGCUCUCCUGGGGGCAGGAAUCUGAGCGGCAGAAGGAAGAGGGAAAGAAGAAAAGAGGAGACAAGGACAGCCCCAGGAGUCAUGGAAUCCAAACAGGAACUAGUGAUGAAAAGCCUCGACACUGAAAAUGCCCAGCAGGAAAACGAAGAAAAAGAUGAAAAGGAGCUACAUGCUAAUAAAGGGGAGGCCUUGGCCGUGCCUUGCGAAGCUGAUGGAUACUGUGUGCCUAGUGGCAAUCUGAGGAAAUUCGAAAUUGGGCAGCCCGUCCUGCAUGAAAGAGGGAACCUGAUGCAUAGGCUUGGAGAGCCACAGGCACGGAUGAGAAAAGAGCAUGUGGGAAGGUUUGGGGAGGAGGUGAGACAACUCAUGGAAAAGCUGAGGGAAAGGCAGUUGAGCCACAGCUUUCGGGCAGUUAGUAAUGAUCCUCCUCGCCAUGAGCAUCACAGUGACUUUUGCCUUAUGCCCUGAAUUGGGGUGUUUUCCUUGGAGUUAAACACCUUCAGAAACACCCGCUUCCUAAACUUACAUGUUUGUGAUGUACUACUGUAAGCCUUUUGAUGUCACUGGUUUGCAUGUAUCUCCUAUUACAGCUUCUAAUAGAAUGUAUUUUUGACCCAGACUGUAUCACUUUUGUUAGCAGAGUACACCUAUUGCAUGAAAAGAUGCUCACUAUAU